GAGGGGCAGAGAGAGAGAGAGAGAGAGAGGGAGAAUCCCAAGCAGGCUCUACAAUGUCAGUGUGGAGUCCGAGGAGGGGCUUGAUCUCACAACCACCAGAUCAUGACCUGAGCCGAAAUCAAGAGUCAGAUACUUAACCGACUGAGCCACCCAGGUGCCCUGAUCUGAACUUUGCAGGAAGGAACCUUCAAAGUGCUCUAAAAUGCUUUGGGAAACAAUAUGGCAGUUCUGGAAAAAAUUAAACCAAAAAUUGCCAUAUGAUCCAGCAAUUCCACUUCUAGGUAUAAACCCAAUAGAAUUGGAAGCAGGGACUUGAACCCCCAUGUUCAUAGGAAUAUUAUUCACAAUAGCCAAAAGGUGAAACAACCCAAAUAUCCAUUGAUGGAUGAGUGGAUGAAGAAAUAUGGUAUAUACACAAAAUAAAAUAUUACUCAGCUUUAAAGAAAACAAUUCUAAUAUAUACCACAACAGGGAAGAACAGAGUCCUGCCUUACCAUUCUUUAACAAGAGUUAGGAAUAAUUUUUUCUUUAACAAAACUUUCGAUCUUGAAGUUAGAGUGAGAGCAGUUAGAGAAAGAAAGAUACAUAAAGGAACCAGAAUGACAAUGGAAGGUACAUCACUGAGCCUUACCACCACUGCUAUGUAGUGAGAAGGAUUUCUUGAAGAACAGGUUUUGAUCAUGGAGGCCAGACUAGUCCAAUAUGAAAGGUGAAAUGAGAUAUGUGUGGACCUCACUGUUUUCAACGAAAGUAUUAGAAAUCUUUUUGGUUUUUUUGUUUGUUUUAGUUAUUACUAGACCAGAAAGGGUAACUGGGCCCCAAAGAACUCUCAUCAAGGGAGGUGAGAUUUCAGAGAACAGACUGGAAUAAUUUCCACCCUGCCACCCCAACCAGAGAAUGAAGUCUCAGGAAGCUGUAGAGAUGUGCCCUCUUAAAAGGUUAGAUAAGGAGUCAACAAUAAGUUUAAUUGGGCAAUCACCCUUUAAAGACUGUGACAGUUACACCAGGUAGUCACGCAACUGUGGCCAGAUUUGAGGCAGGAGGGCUGAGAUGAUGAGUGUACAAUGCUUCUAGCAUUACCAGUGAGUUUUGAGGUGGCUCAGUUAUUAGAAGACAGAGAGAGAGAGAGAGAGAGAGAGAGAGAGAGAGAGAAGGAAAUUCUGAGACACAUUACAACAUGGAAGAACCUCGAAAACAUUACACACUAAAUAAGCAAGUCACAAAAGCGCAAACAUUGCAUGAUUCCACUCAUAUGAGGUGCCUAAGGUAGUCAAACUCCUACAGAGAAUGUAAUAGUGGACCCCACGGGUGGAGAGGAAGGGGAAUGUGGAGUUAUUGUUUAAUGGGUCUAGAGCUUCUGGUUGGGAAGAUGAGAAGAUCUACAGAUAGACAGUGUGAUGGUUGCACAACCAUAUGGAUGUACUUGAUGGCACCACACUUAAAAAUGGUUAGGGGUGGGGGCACCUGGGUGGCUCAGUCAGUUAAGCGUCUGACUUCGGCUCAGGUCACGAUCUCACGAUUUGUGAGUUCGAGCCCUGAGUGGGGCUCUGUGCUGAUGGCCUGGAGCCUAUUUCAGAUUCUGUGUCUCCCUCUCUCUCUCUGCCCCUCCCUGCUCAUGAUCUGUCUCUCUGUGUCUCAAAAAUAAAUAAAUCUUAAGAAAAAAAAUUUUUUAAUGGUUAGGAGAGUCAGGGUGACUCAGUCGGUUGGGCAUCUGACUCUUGGUUUUGGCUCAGGUGGUGAUCUCACAGUUCGAGAGUUUGAGCUCUGCAUUGCGCUCUGCUCUGACAGUGCAGAACCUGCGUGGGACUCUUUCUCUCCCUCUCUCUCUGUUCCUCUCCACUUGUGCUUGCUCUCCCUCUCUCCAAAUAAAGAAACUUUUAAAAUGGUUAAAAUAGUAGAUGUUAUGUAUGUGUAUUUUACUGCCAUUUUUUAAAAAAGUGCUUGAAGAUUGUAAUAAAUUCAUGCAACGUGUAAUGCCACUAGCAUGCAGUAGGGGGCAAAGGAGCUUAAGCUUCACUGAAAAGCUUGAUUCGAGCACUCCUGCCCCCAGUUCUGGUCCAGCCAACAAAUCAUCCACACCUGCAGCUUUGCUAGAGUCGCUGCAAGCCAGGGGGUGCUUGAGGGUUUGGAUUUUCUUUCACUGGUCGCUGAUUAAACCUGGUCAGUUCUUCUACUCAGAAUGGAUGAUCCCAUCCUUGUGUGAUCCAGAUUGCUGUUGCCACCAACCUGAAGACAUAUGGAACCAUAAGGACAGGAACCAUUCUGUUUAUUUCUGUUUUAGACCUUCCAUGUGUAUGGGUAAGCAUUGUUGAAAAUCAGAUAUUAGCUCAAAGGACUCUCUAUGUCCACAAAUGUAAAAGUUGAGGAACAAUUCCUUGACGUUAAUUCAGGAGCCCAUAGUAUUUGGUAAUAAAAAAGUACUUUCAUUGAGAGUUUAAAUCUUGCACAAAAACUGCACAUAGAUGUUUAUAGCUGCUGUAUUCAUAAUUGCCAAAACUUGGAAGAAACCAACAUGUCCUUCAGUAGGUGAAUGGAUAAACAAACUAUGGUACAUCCGGAUAAUGGAAUACUAUCCUGUGCUAGAAGGAAACAAACUAUCAAACUAUGCAAAGAAUGGAGGAACUUUAAAUGCAUACUACCUUCAGGCUAUCCAAAUGGGAUGCAAGGGAGUGUUGAAUAUGGCCUGGCAAUGAAAUUCCGAAGUUGAACUGGGAGAAAGGCACUUCUGCCAACUAUUAUAUAUAUCCCUUCUGGGAAUUCUGACUUGCCUCAGUGAUGGGGAUAUGCACAGCAACUGGCUUGGAAAUCUGUAAGCCAAACUCUCAGAUCAUGUCAUGAUCUCAGAUCAUGUCAAAGACUCAAUAUACAGGAUUUUGAACUCAUCUUCAUCAUUCAUAUGAAGGAACCAAGUGAUUGAAUCCUUGGAAUUACAAUGACAUUUAUCAGAAGCAUUUAUGUAUUUUGUAGUAUUGUUAUGUCAGUGCUGGGCUAUGUGUCAAAGCCGCCAGAAGACAGGGAAUUGACAACCAACUGCUCCAACAUGUCCCUAAGAAAGGUUCCUGCAGACUUGACCCCAACCACAACCACACUGGAUUUAUCCUACAACCUCCUUUCUCAACUUCAGAGUUCAGAUUUUCAUUCUGUUUCUAAACUGAAAGUUUUGAUUCUAUGCCAUAACAGAAUCCAAGAGCUGGAUAUCAAGACCUUUGAAUUCAACAGAGAGUUAAGAUAUUUAGAUUUGUCUUACAACAGAUUGAAGAUUGUAACUUGGUAUUCACUGGCAGGUCUCAGACAUUUAGAUCUUUCUUUCAAUGACUUUGACAGUGUGCCUAUCCAUGAGGAGGCUGGCAACAUGUCACAUUUGGAAAUCCUGGGUUUGAGUGGGGCAAAAAUACGAAAAUCAGAUUUCCAGAAAAUUGCUCAUUUGUGUCUAAAUACAGUCUUCUUAGGAUUAAGAAGUCUUUCUUAUUAUGAAGAAGGUAGCCUGCCCAUCUUAAACACAACAAAACUUCAUAUUGUUUUACCAAUGAACACAAAUUUCUGGGUUCUUUUGCGUGACGGAAUCAAGACUUCAAAAAUACUAGAAAUGACAAACAUAGAUGGCAAAAGCCAAUUUUCAAGUUAUGAAACUCAACAAAAUCUUACUUUAGUGAAUUCCAAGACAUCUAUUCUAUUGCUUAAUAAAGUUGAUUUACUCUGGGACGACCUUCUCCUCAUCUUCCAGUUUGUUUGGCAUACAUCAGUAGAAUGCUUCCAAGUCCAACAUGUGACUUUUGGAGGCAAGGUUUAUCUUGACCAUAAUUCAUUUGAUUACUCAAAUACUGCAAUGAGAACGAUAAAAUUGGAGCACAUACAGUUCAGAAUUUUUUAUAUUCCACAGGAAAGGGUCUACUUGCUUUUUACCAAAAUGGAUAUAGAAAACCUGACUAUAUCAGAUGCACAAAUGCCACACAUGCGGUUUCCUAAUUAUCCUACAAGAUUCAAACAUUUAAAUUUUGCUGAUAAUAUCUUAACAGAUGACCUGUUUAAGCAACCUAUCCAAUUGCCUCAUUUGAAAACUUUAAUUUUGAAGGGCAAUAAAUUGGAGACACUUUCUUUAGUGAGUUUCUUUGCCAACAACACAUCCUUGAAGCACUUAGAUCUCAGCCAGAAUCUGUUACAAUAUGAAAAUGAUGAAAAUUGCUUUUGGCCAGAAACCUUGAUCACUAUGAACCUGUCAUCCAACAAAUUUGCUGAUUCUGUUUUCAGGUGCUUGCCCAGAAGUAUUCAAAUACUUGACCUGAAUAAUAACAAAAUUCAAACUGUCCCUAAAGAGAUUAUUCAUCUGAAGUCUUUGCGAGAACUAAAUCUCGCAUUUAACUUUCUAACUGAUCUUCCUGGGUGCAGUCAUUUCAGAAAACUCUCAAUUCUGAACAUUGAAAUGAACUUAAUUCUCAGCCCAUCUCUGGAUUUUUUCCAUAGCUGUCAGGAAGUUAAGACUCUGAAUGCAGGAAGAAAUCCAUUCCGGUGUACCUGUGAAUUAAGAGAUUUCAUUCACCUGGAAAAAUAUUCACAGGGCAUGAUGAUUGGAUGGUCAGAUUCAUAUAUCUGUGAAUACCCUUUGAAUCUAAAGGGGACUCGGUUAAAGGAUGUUCAUCUUCCUGAAUUAUCUUGCAACACAGCUCUAUUGAUUGUCACCAUUGUGGUUAUCAUGCUAGUUCUGGGGACGGCUAUGGCCUUCUGCUGCCUCUACUUUGAUCUGCCCUGGUAUCUCAGGAUGCUAGGUCAGUGGACACAGACAUUGCAGAGGAUUAGGAAGACAACCCAAGAACAACUCAAGAGAAAUUUCCAGUUCUAUGUGUUUAUUUCAUAUAAUAAACAUGAUUCUACCUGGGUGAAGCAUGAAUUAAUUCCCAAUCUAGAGAAAGAAGAGAACUUGAUUUGCCUUCAUGAAGGAAACUUUGAUCCUGGUAAGAGCAUUACUGAAAAUAUCAUGAACUGCAUUGAGAAAAGCUGUAAGUCCAUCUUUGUUUUGUCUCCCAACUUUGUCCAGAGUGAGUGGUGCCAUUAUGAACUUUACUUUGCCUACCAAAAUCUCUUCCAUGAAAAUUCCGAUUACAUAAUUUUUAUCUUGCUAGAACCCAUUCCACUCUACUGUAUUCCUACCAGGUAUCCUAGGCUGAAAGCUCUUAUGGAAAAGAAAGCAUACUUGGAAUGGCCCAAAGAUAGGCGUAAAUGUGGACUUUUUUGGGCAAAACUUAGAGCUUCUAUUAAUGUUAAUUUAUUAGAAACCAGAGAGAUGUGUGAACUACAGACAUUUGUGGAGUUGAAUGAAGAGUCUCAAGGUUCUGUAAUCUCUCUGAUAAGAACAGACUGCCUAUAAAAAUCCUCCCUUCCCGUAGGGAAAUGGGCCUUGCAUACACCAUGGGGAUAGAAAUUGAUACAGCCUUUAUGAUGGUUAUUUGGCAAUAUCAUUUAAAUGAAAAAUGUCUUUUCUUUUAUGUCACUUCCUCGAAGGAUUUCUAAGAAUGUAUCCUACAGAAAUACAAGUUUGCAAAGGCUUCUAUAAAACGGUGUUCAUCCCAGAAUUAUUUUUAAUACUGAAAAUUGAAAACAGCUCAUGUUUCCACAGAAUAAAAAUGAAUUCAAUAAAUUAUAGUUCAUUAAUGCGAUAAAAUGUUACACAGCCAUUAAAAAGAAUGAGGUAGUUCUAUAUUUACUGGUAUGGAGAAAAUUAUAUUAAUAUGGUGGUUUAUAUAUUGAAAUAAAAGUCUAAAUGAAUCUA